CCUCACCUUCAUCCAUCUCCCCAUCCAUCUCCCCAUCCAUCACUCCAUCAUCCAUCAUCUUCCGACAGCGUCCUGCUUCCCUCCCCCUCUGUCUCUUCGCCAUAAGACGCCGCUGGAUGUAGGCCGCGGCUGUCCCCCGCCACCGUCUAGGAUCGCCUGUGCGAUCGCACCAUGGCCUCAGCGACGUCAGCGGUGCGCCGAACCGUCCACGCGACCAUCCACUCCCUUUCCAGCGCAUCCGCCGACUUGACCAAAGCAGCCAUAAACCUUCCCUCCACCUAUUCCAACUAUGUCACAUCAAAUUCCUCCUCGGUCUCUACCAUUGAGAGCAGCCUGCGGUCCUUGACCUAUCUCCUUCCCGGCGCACGAUUCCACGACACUGAACUCGCCUCGGAAUCAGUGCAUACUUUCGUUCAACUCUUAUCCAUCUACCAUGAUCAUCUCCUUAAGAAUCGCGCUGCGUUGUUGGCGCUGACUCCUUCUGUUCUCAAAGUUAAAAACCUCAAACUUCAGAAGCCGAAGCCUUCGCUGCAUGCUCGCUAUACUACAUUCUGGACUUCGUCCUCGUCCCUCUAUAAUAAGAUCGCCACGGUCUUGAAGAUUGCGCAAUACACCGAACUGCUAUGGGAAAUGAUUGCAAGGCGCCGAGGCGGCGAGAAAGCCAAAUGGCGCGUGGUGGUGCUGCUGGAAUCCUUCAAGGCCAUCUGCCGCUUGUUAUUGAUGCGCAUCACUAAUUUGCGUCCAACUGUGACCCCACCGAUGCCGCUGAGAGAGGACUUUGCCCCGGUUGAACCGGAAGAACAAGACGAGGAGUUUGCCAUGGACGAAUUGAAGUCGGACAAUUUCGAUGUCAAAGACGCUUUGGGCGACGCUGGCGUCCCUACACCACCCCUCUCCGACUCCGGUAAACACGGCCCAUCAUCCUUGUCUAUCACAGAGCCGUAUAGCAUGCCUCGCACGGGAUUUACCCUACCCACUCUGCCCUCCCCGGACACCGUCUCAUCUUAUCUUCUCAACCAUGUCCUCACGGCUGACGACGUCAAACCCGCCAAGCAACUGCUCCACCAGUUGAGUACUCUGCGUGGCCAGGCCGCCGAGAUCAUGUAUAUCCUGCGGCCUUUGAUCUACGCGCUGCUUAUGCAACGUAUUGCUCGGACGUAUGGGUACGAAGGGAGCAAGUGGAAACGCAACUGGACACCAUGGCUUGUGGGCGUCUCAAUCGAAUACCUUUCCCGCCAACUCGCAAAGAAAGACCUGGCGGCAAGAGUUCCAGGCGGUGCACGAUCUGGUCUCUCGGCAUUGGAGCGUGAGGAAUUAAAGAAGCGAGGCUGGCAGCUCGCGUGGUGGGGCAUGCGAGGCGCAUUUUACGAGAAUAUCACGAAAGUCUGGGUGCAUGGCGCUGCGGCCUCGUUGAAGGGCAAACCCAUCCUGGACCUGCUUGGAGGAAUCAUCGAAGAAUACGAGUUUCUAUGGAGUAAUUACUAUUUCAGCACGUCGACAAUGUGAGUUGACAUUUUGAUUGUCCCCGCCACCGUUAGGGGUGCACCAGAUUUGUCCAUCGGAACCUCUAAGCGGCAUCAAUUGGAUGGAUUUAUUGCAAAGGACUGUAAAUCUAGAGUCUCGACGUUUUGUAACUGCCAUUUGGCGGGAUGGAGUCGAGUCUAAGUUUCCCACUGAGGAUCAAAGUGGACUCUCGCCAACGAGCAACUAUCUGAAGUCGAACAUCGAGCAUUCUCGCUUGCUUUUCAUUGGGUCUACAACUAUAGCAGACUUGGGUACGACACUUUAUAUAGCAGGAUAUGGAGUAACCUCUUAUUUUCCCUGCUCGCGAUGCCUUCAAUUGAAGGAGCUCUGCUCACGCUCGCAAGGUAUCGGAUCAGUUCAAGUAAAAUUACACUCACACUCAACCAGGG